ACCGCGAACGACAGUCGCACGGGUUCGUUCGCAACCGUCGUUUGUUCGCCUUCGUCGUCGCAGUCGCCGUCGCUGGCGCGCGUCCUCGUAUCAUACCGUCACGUUUCCUCCCCCCGUACCCCGCCCCUUAACAGUCAUUGUCGCUGAUAAUCGAAUACCUAUGUGUUUAUUGUGGAAUAGUCAAUAGUCCAGUGCCGGGGAAUCAAUUUUAAUCCGGGUCUUUUUUCGCGUCGUCCUCCCCGGUUGUCGUAACCCAUCGUCAUUUUCGCAAAUGUCUUCUGAUGUAUUUAAAUCGUGAUUCGUUCUAACGGUGCCGUUUGUUGGUAUUUGUGUUUGUGCGUGCGUGCGCGCGCGCACACGUCGUCUGUCGUUCGUUCGGUGUGAUGCCGUUAUCGUUUAAAAAAAUCUUCUCGCGAAAACUGCUGUUCAGCCCGAAAGUCAUGGGUGGUACAGCAUCUCAUCACGAACCGUUGGACCGGGUCACCAGCCACGCGGGCUCUUCGUUCAGACGUUCCGCUAGUUGUCGGCACAGCAAAGCCUCGAAGAGUGGACGGUCGCCGUCAAAAAUGGACCGUUUACGGCGAAGUUUUCGAGACAGUUUCAGACGCCGUAAAGAUCUAGGAAAUCACGCCGGAUCUCCAGGUCAUCAUUCUAAUCCUAAACCUCAUUUGUGGGCCAUGGACGAAGCCGAAGUUCGUGCUGGAAUAUGUUCCUUUCAUGUUAAGUAUUUGGGCUGCGUUGAAGUUUUUGAAUCAAGAGGAAUGGAAGUAUGCGAAGAAGCUUUAAAAACAUUACGGGCGUCGCGUCGCAGACCAGUUAGAGCUAUAUUUUAUAUAUCAGGUGAUGGAUUGCGAGUUGUAGAAGAGGAUACUAAAGGUUUAAUAGUAGAUCAAACAAUUGAGAAAGUUUCAUUUUGUGCUCCUGAUCGAAGUCACGAAAAAGGAUUUUCUUAUAUUUGUCGUGAUGGUCUAACUCGUCGAUGGAUGUGCCAUGGUUUUGUAGCUCUUAAAGAAUCGGGUGAUCGAUUGAGUCAUGCUGUUGGUUGUGCUUUUCAAGAAUGUCUGAUUAGAAAAAAUAAACGAGAAGAAGAUUGUACUGUUACAAUGAAUUAUGAUCCAAAAACAUCUGUUUUCACACGAACUGGAAGUUUUAGAACUCCAUCUUUGACUGAACAACAAUCUGAACCUAAUAUUCCUCUCAAUGUACCUCCACAACCUCUUCCAUUUCUUCAACCAAAUAAAGAUUUACCUACAUCAGUUAAGCCACUGCAACAAAACCCUACAACUCCUAAAGUUAGCACUAAGGCAAUUGAAAGACCUCAUGCAACUUUAUCCAUGUUACAACGACAAGGAUCUUUUCGUGGGUUCACACAACUCAAUCAAGCAUCUCCAUUUAAAAGGCAGUUAUCACUUAGAAUAUCUGAAUUGCCAUCCAAUUUGGAAAGAACAAGAUCAAUGAGUCUACAACCAACAGGAAAUUCACGUUCAUCUUCUAAUAGACUUACACAAAUUAAUAAUCCAGUGAGUCCUAUAUUAGAAGCAUCUCCUCGUAGUGAAAAAAUAAUGUCUACCACAGAUCAAGUAACAGCUAUGUGUCAACAAAUGUCAUUAGAAUUAGCGUUCCUUACAAAUAGUACAGCCAACGAAGAUUUUCCUGAGAAAUUAAAACUGAAUGAUCCAAAAAGUAUAGAAAACUCCUUGAAGCAAGGCCCUAUAACUGGAAGUGAAGCAUUUCUUGCUAGUAUUUCUAAAAGAGCCAUAUUAUCAGAAACCCAAAGUAACCCUUCCACUCCAAAACCUGAAAGUCGAAUUAGCCCACAACAAGACGAAGGUUUUGAUUCUGGUUCCAGUUUAUGGAAUGUAAACAACAAAGCAGUAACACCGCCAACUCCACCGGCUACCCCACCAUCAUCACUUCCUAGGCCAGAACAGUGGUUAGGAAAAGUUGCAGCAGUCACAUUACAGUCAAUGGAUCCUCAAGUAACACCUAAAAGGAAUCCACAUUUAGCAACUCACAGUCGUGCAUACUCGUUAGACACAGCUGAAGAUGUCUAUCGGACAAAAUUUAAUAGCGUUUCAGCCAAUCCUUUUGACCCUAACUAUAUUGCUCCCAAACAAAAUACCAAUCCAUUUUUAAGCAGUCCUAUAUCAAAUGGUCCUAGUAAAACUGUAAAAUCCUUUGAAGUUCAAAUGUGAUAAUUAACAAAAUUGUUCUCAUAAGUUCAAUUAAAUUUUAAAGAUUAUAUUGGUCAUGUUGGGUAAAAAAACUUGGAUUAUUGGAUAUUGUUAAGAUGAAUAUAUGCUAACCAUAAUUUCAGAUUGAAUUUAAAAAUGUGCAAUUAGUAUUUAAAUUAAUUCUUAUUUCUCUAAUUUAAACUAGUUUAUUGUAUGUUAUUACAAAGAAAAAAAAUCAAAAACUGACAUUUAUGAAUGACUUAAUUUGUUUCCAGUACUAAUAAUU